UCUGCUAGUUCAGUUGUAAUCUGUCAGCCCGGAGCUAAAAGCACGUACACUGCUGGGCUCCACACUCUUCCGGAAUAGUCUCCUUUGAUGGCUGAAGAAGACCCUCUAAUGUGAUUUCAACUUGGCGCCUGUGAUCAAGGACAGACGCACUGCCCAUGCUGCCACAGUAGAUAAUGCAGUCACUAUGCUACUGAGAGAAGAAUGACAUUUGUCUCAUUUUAAUUCCUGGAGCUGCUUUGGGCAGAGUUCGGGCUUGAUUAAAAAGCUGCUGCUCUGAGCCAAGUUGGUCUUUUUCUCAGCCUGCUCCUUUGCCCUGCCACAGCCUUCGUGUGGAAACUGUUAUGGCACUGGAGGCCAAUUGAGCAAAAGGGGACUGUACUGGUAUUGCUAUACUGGGGGAUUCGACUCUGCUGUGGGAGUGGGGACUGGACCAGUGAAGCAGACCCACAGCAACACACAUCAUGUUGCAGGGACACUAGGAUCCCUGUUUAAGCCCCCUUCUGUGUGGCGCUUGUUUUUUUUUUUUUUUUUUUUUUUUUUUCUUUUCCUGCAAUCUCAUCGAUUUGGAUGGUUGAGCACAAGGGCUACUUUGAAGGAGCCCACCGGUGGCUGUGGUUUGGCCAGAGCUGUCAGACUUCUUGCCAGCUAUUGCUGAUUUAGCACCCCUCUCCACUGGUACCACUGCUGUAGCCCCCUUCACUGUGGUCUCCAGUAUGGUGAGUGGAGACUGGAAGCAUCGCAGGAGUGGAACUGAACCAUCAACACUGGCGUAGUUGGUUCACUUUCCAUCAUUUGUUUUUGCGCUCUGAAGGACUGCAUUCCAGUUUUCAAGGACUUCUUUUUUUCCUCUGUGCCGAAAAAACAAAACACCGCACUCAAGGUCAUUUUUAAAAAAUUGAAACCCCCCCGGAAAGAAGACCGUUCCAGAGAAGGAUGAAGCUGAGGAAACAGGUGACAGUGUGCGGAGGGGCCAUAUUCUGUGUGGCUGUGUUCUCACUGUAUCUGAUGUUGGAUCGAGUCCAACAUGACCCUGCAAGGCGACAGAACGGCGGGAACUUUCCACGGAGCCAAAUCUCGGUCCUGCAGAACCGGAUAGAGCAGCUGGAGCAGCUCCUGGAGGAAAACCACCAAAUCAUCAGCCACAUAAAGGACUCUGUUAUGGAGCUCACAGACACAGGAGCUGUGUCUCCCAGCGGCCACCUGCCAUUCAGAAGUGCCAAUGGAUCCUGGGUCCUACCCUUCGACGGACGCCCCACUUUUCUUGCUGUCAAGCCCCAGGAUUGCCAGUUUGCUGUCGACAGAAGUGGUCAAGCAGACGUUCAGAUGCUGGAUGUUUACAACCUUCUCAAGUUUGACAACCCUGAUGGUGGUGUAUGGAAACAGGGCUUUGACAUUACUUAUGAACCUGAUGAAUGGGACAAUGACCCACUGCAAGUAUUUGUGGUCCCUCACUCCCACAAUGAUCCAGGUUGGAUCAAGACUUUUGACAAGUACUUCACAGACCAGACGCAACAUAUUUUAAACAACAUGGUUGUGAAACUGGCUGAGGAUCCUCGCAGGAAGUUCAUCUGGUCUGAGAUUUCAUUCUUCUCCAAGUGGUGGGAGACUGCAGACAUACACAAACAGGAGGCCAUGCGCAAACUGAUCCUUGGGGGACAGCUCGAGAUUGUGACAGGAGGCUGGGUGAUGACUGAUGAAGCCAACGUUCACUACUUUGCCAUGAUAGACCAGCUCAUUGAGGGGCAUCAGUGGCUGGAGAGAAAUCUAGGUGUAACUCCUCGCAGCGGGUGGGCGGUAGACCCUUUUGGUCACAGUGCCACUAUGCCCUAUCUGCUGAAGAGAGCCAACCUGACCAGCAUGCUUAUCCAGAGGGUCCACUACUCCAUUAAAAAACACUUUGCCUCCACCCGCAGUCUGGAGUUUAUGUGGAGGCAGGCUUGGGACUCUGGAUCAAGCACAGACAUCUUCUGCCACAUGAUGCCGUUCUACAGCUAUGAUGUGCCUCACACAUGUGGGCCUGAUCCCAAAAUCUGCUGCCAGUUCGACUUCAAGAGGUUACCAGGCGGGCGGAUAAAUUGCCCCUGGAAGGUCCCACCAAAAACUGUGGUGGAGGCCAAUGUAGCAGAGAGGGCACACCUGCUCCUGGAUCAGUACCGCAAAAAGUCCAAACUCUACCGCAGCAAGGUGCUUCUCGUUCCUCUGGGAGACGACUUCCGCUAUGACAAGGCCCUGGAGUGGGAUCAGCAGUACAUCAACUACCAGAAACUGUUUGACUACAUGAAUUCUCACCCAGAGAUGCAUGUUCAAGCUCAGUUUGGAACUCUCACUGACUACUUCAGCGCUGUGUACAAAAAACAUGGAGUCGCCCAGGGAUCCAGGCCCGCUGAAUACCCAGUGCUUAGUGGAGAUUUCUUCGCCUACGCAGACCGCGAGGACCACUACUGGACCGGUUACUUCACCUCUCGACCCUUUUACAAGAGCCUGGACCGUGUGAUUGAGUCGCAUCUCAGGGGGGCAGAGAUCCUCUACAGCCUGGCGGUUGCGAACGCUCGGCAUGCAGGGAUGGAAGGGCGCUACCCGGUCUCAGACUAUGCCCUGCUGGUCGACGCGAGACGGUCGGUCGGCCUCUUCCAGCACCACGAUGCCAUUACUGGCACAGCGAAGGAGAACGUCGUCAUCGACUAUGGCACCAAAUUACUGCGUUCGCUUAUCGGCCUGAAGAGAGUAAUCAUCAAUGCUGCUCAUUUCCUGGUGAUGAAGAACAAAGAGUUUUAUCGCUUUUACCAGACGGAGCCCUUCCUGGAGACGGAUGACAGGCGUGCUACUCAAGAUUCUCUGCCUCAGCGCACUUUAAUCGAGCUGGAUCCAGCAGGACCGAGGUACCUGGUUCUGUUCAACCCCAUCGAGCAGGAGCGGCUGUGUGUGGUGACGGUGCUGGUCAACACGGUGAGGGUCCGGGUGCUUACCGAGGACGGGCAGACCCUCCCCGUGCAGCUGAGCGCUCAGUGGAGCUCUGCUAGUCAAAUGAGUGCAGAAGUGUUUGAGGCAACUUUCAUGGUCCGUCUGCCGCCUCUCGGUCUGGCCGUUUUCCACCUCUACGACUCUGCGGAUUCGCCCAUGACGCUCCGCUCCGACACCCUGCUCCGGCUGUCCAGUCGCGGCGUCUCGGCCCGCGCCGCCGACCCGCUUCCUGUGCGCUCCCAGCAGGCCGACUCUCAGACCUUCUACAUCAGCAGUCAGUCCUUGACGCUGGGCUUCUCCGGAACCACCGGCCUGCUGGAGAGCAUCAAGCGCAAAGAUGAUCCCCAAGAAGUGAAGGUUCAGAUGCAGUUCAUGAUCUAUGGCACUCGUCCCUCUAAAGACAAAAGUGGAGCUUACCUCUUCCUGCCAGAUGGGAAAGCAAAGCCCUACAACCAGAAAGAGCCACCUGUGGUACGCGUCGUUGAAGGGCCUCUUUUCUCUGAGGUGGUGGCACAUUACCAACACUUUCAGCAGACCAUCCGCAUUCACAAUGUGCCAGGGGUGGAUGGUUACUCUAUAGACAUCACCACCAUGGUGGACAUCAGAGAUCAGACCAAUAAGGAGCUGGCCAUGCGCCUCGUCACCGACAUCCAGAGCGGAGACGUCUUCUACACAGACCUCAAUGGCUUCCAGAUUCAGCCUCGUCGACUCCACCUGAAGCUUCCCUUGCAGGCCAACUUCUACCCGAUGCCCAGCCAGGCGUACAUCCAGGACAGCCACCACCGGCUCACGCUGCACACAGCUCAGUCGCUGGGUGUGAGCAGCCUGGAGAGUGGCCAGCUUGAAGUGAUUAUGGACCGGCGGCUGAUGCAAGAUGAUAAUCGUGGGCUGGGUCAGGGCCUGAAAGACAACAAGAGGACGGCGAACCGCUUCAGACUGCUGCUGGAGAGGAGAUCCACCGGUAACAAGAUGACGGACAGCGCAACAACUAGCUUCCCGUCUAUACUCAGUCACAUGACCAACGCCUUUCUGAACCACGAGGUCUUGGCGCUGCCCGUUCUGCCCAAAAGACGCGGCAUUCCUCCUCUUCAGACCUUCGCCCCUCUCAAGUCCAUCCUUCCUUGUGACUUCCACAUGCUGAACCUGCGCAGCAUCCAGAGCCAGCAGGACCCCCAGUCUCCGUCUCCGCACACGGCCUUGAUCCUUCACCGCCUGGCGCUGGACUGUGGCCUUGAGGCGCAGAACCUCGGCUUCAACUGCACCACCACACAAGGACAGCUGAGCGUGUCAGGACUGUUCAAGAACCUGGACCUGCAGCUGCUCCAGCCGAUGUCUCUGACCCUGAUGCACUCCAGCACGCCUCUGGCCAACGACUCCACCAUCAGCCUGGAUCCCAUGGAGAUCUCCGCCUUCAAGCUCAAACUGCGCUAAGAGCCGUCCGGACCAAAAGCAAUAAAAACCCACCAGACUCCUUGGACCAAAAAAACCAAGCCGUCGCCGGCCACAGACUGGCAACAGAGGGGUCUGGGUCUCUCUGUUUUGUUAAGCAGAACCACAAACACUUCAGCUCGGAGAGGCAGGGUCCACUGUAACAGGACUGACUGCACAGCAGGGGGCAGGCGAUAGCUGAUACCGAGGACGUCCCGGAGAGCAGCAAAACCCGGGUGAACUCGCAGCUGUUCCAAAAACAAGAAAGACUGCCAGAAUCGUUCAUUAGAUACAGCCGCCGGUUGUCUCUGCAAUCGAAAAUGAGAUCUCUUUUCGUUCUGCUUUGUAAAGACUCGUGUCUUUUUCUAUCUUCGCUCCAUCCUGGACUGAACUACUGAAUGUAAAUAUCCCAAAUGAUGAGGUUGGGGGACGGGGAGGGGGGGCUGGGACUGGUGCCACAUCAGAGUGCAAUUUACAAAGCUUUAUUUGGUGUAUGGGUUUUUACAUUUUUUAUGUACGCAGUGAAGAAGAUCACAGAUCACAGCAAGUAGUCUUUUUGUACCUGUAAUGCUGACUGCAGUUAAUGUCCGUGUGUGUGUUUUUUUUUUUAAGUUGACAGACUCGAAUGCAGCAAAGAGAAUGUGUGGUCUCUUCAUCUUAACUCCGCCGGGAGACCCGAGCUGCGAAUCCUUAAGCUGUCCGAUUUCCAAGAGGUUCCACACCGGUCACUAACGGUGUGAUCGUUAAUCAUACUGGAUGACUGUUUACCUUCUGUUUCCGCCUGUAGAUAGUGCCGAGACUUUCUUUCCCCCCCGUCUUUCUUUGUUCGCCCUCCCCUGAGCUUCCUCUCUCUCUGCUGAUGAGAAAACCGUGGAAGGUUCCGCGCACUUCCGAGCUCCCCGUCGGUCAUUCCUGUGCUUGUACUUCACUGUCGUGAGGGUGGUUUCGUGUACCAUACUGUAUGCAGUAGAAGACUAGGCAAAGACUAUACCUCAUAUAUACCAUACAGCAGAUAUAUCGGUAUGUGUGUGUCUGUAGAAGUACGUUCAUGUGAAUACUUGAGAGUUUGUUUUUGUUUUCAAGGGGGGGAGGGCGGGUUCAAGUGUUUACUAUCAGGGACCAUUCAUGUUGCUGUUGGGUGAAUAUUGUGGUUGUCUGUGUCGAGCAGCGGGUCGCAUCACUUCAGGGGAAGGAGCUUGUUAGUGACUUAAAUCAAAGGGUCGGUUCACUCACAAAUUACACCCAAAUUAUAAAAAAAAAAAUGGUAUGCAAAGUCUAGAAAGAUGGUGUAUUUUUUAUGUUUUGCACAAUAUAAUAAAAGAAAUUAACAAAAUAAUAAAAAAUAAAGGGCAACUUUUAGAAGGCUUGAUAACGUGUCAUCAUGCAGGUACUGCUGGUUCUGAGAAGUCCGUUAUGGUUAGUCUAUGAAAUCACAUCUUUUGUAUCACUUAUUUUGUACUAGAAACAAUCCCAAACCCAGACAUAUCACAUUUCUAAGGAUUUUCAAGAGGACGGUGGCAUAUACACACAUUUUAGAAGCUUAAAAAAAAAAGAAAGAAAAGCGACAAUACUUGGCACAAUUUGCCUAAUAAAUGACAUAACGGUGACAAAUAAAACCAGUAAUUGAUGCCAAAA